UUGGACGAUCAGUUGGACGAUCAGUUGGUCGAUCAGUUGGACAAUCAGUUGGUCGAUCAGUUGGACGAUCAGUUGGACGAUCAGUUGGACGAUCAGUUGGUCGAUCAGUUGGUCGAUCAGUGGGACGAUCAGUUGGUCGAUCAGUUGGACGAUCAGUUGGACGAUCAGUUGGUCGAUCAGUUGGUCGAUCAGUUGAUCGAUUGA